AUGGGCUUUCUUAGACGAGUCGCUGGCCUUACUCGUCUCGACAUGGCUCAGAAUAGUGACAUCCGGAAGAGCCUUGGAAUACAGCCUUUGCUUCUCCAGAUUGAGAAGUCACUGCUGCGAUGGCUUGGGCAUGUGUUGCGAAUGCGUUCAGAAAGGAAGGCUAGGCACUUGUUCUUUUCAAAUCCGACCGCGGGUAGCGACUCCGUUGCUGACUGUCGUUCUGUCGAUGUUCGUUCGUUGCGCUGUCACGCCCCUGGCUAUCAGAAGGCGAUGAGCAGGUUCUGUUCGCUAACCAUUCGCAGCGUGCCUCAGUCGUCCAACAGCCUGCGCACCCGAGCGACGACCGAGCCCGUAUAA